AGUCUCGCACUUGCAAGUGGGAAAUAACAUAACUUAUAAGUGUUAAACUUGAGCAGUGUCUUGCAUACUUCAGAGCCUUGAGAUCUUCAACCCAAUUCAUGCAUCAAUGGCUUCUUUCAAGAGCUUCCUCAAGCAAAGGUCUUCUUCAUAUGCUGUUGCAUGCCACCACCUCAUGAUGAGGAGAUUGUUCUCAACUUCUACUAUUAUUGAUUCUCCUUCUUUGGCUCAGAGAAUCAGAGAUUUACCAAAGGAUCUUCCUGGAACCCACAUAAAGAAGCAUGUUUCCCAGCUCAUUGGGAGGACUCCAUUGGUUUAUCUUAACAAAGUCACUGAAGGAUGUGGAGCUUAUAUUGCUGUCAAGCAAGAGAUGAUGCAGCCCACUGCCAGCAUCAAAGACAGACCAGCACUUGCAAUGAUUGAAGAUGCUGAGAAAAAGAAUCUGAUAUCUCCCGGAAAGACAACUCUGAUAGAGCCUACAUCUGGAAAUAUGGGUAUCAGCAUGGCAUUUAUGGCUGCCUUGAAAGGGUAUAAGAUGGUUUUGACCAUGCCCUCUUACACAAGCUUGGAAAGAAGGGUGACCAUGAGAGUAUUUGGAGCUGAAUUAGUCCUCACUGAUCCAACCAAAGGAAUGGGAGGAACAGUGAAGAAGGCUUAUGACCUUCUGGAAUCCACACCAAAUGCUUUCAUGCUGCAACAAUUUUCAAACCCGGCCAAUACUCAGGUUCAUUAUGAAACAACAGGUCCUGAGAUAUGGGAGGAUACAAAUGGACAAGUUGACAUUUUUGUUAUGGGAAUUGGAAGCGGAGGCACAGUCUCUGGGGUUGGACAAUAUCUUAAAUCCAAAAAUCCUAAUGUUAAGAUAUAUGGAGUAGAGCCAGCUGAAAGUAAUGUGCUAAAUGGUGGCAAACCUGGUCCUCAUCAUAUAACUGGCAAUGGGGUUGGAUUCAAACCAGACAUAUUGGACAUGGAUGUAAUGGAUCAAGUUCUUGAAGUUAGCAGUGAAGAUGCAGUUAACAUGGCUAGGGUGUUGGCCUUGAAGGAAGGACUCAUGGUUGGGAUAUCAUCUGGAGCUAACACAGUUGCAGCUCUCAGAUUGGCUAGUCUGCCUGAGAACAAAGGCAAACUUAUUGUGACUGUUCAUCCAAGUUUCGGGGAAAGAUACCUGUCAUCUGUCCUGUUUGAAGAUCUUCGUAAAGAAGCUGAAAACAUGCAGCCAGUGCCAGUUGAUUAAUGUCUUCCAUGAGCUCUAAUACAACUAGAAAGCUUUUUGGUUGAGUUACAUGGAUCAACCUAGCUGUUACAAUAAUGUUGUAGCAAAAAUUGUCAAAUUCAGCUUACAACCCUGCCCUUGUAGAAUUCUUCAACUAAAGUUAUGUUUCUAUACAGCUUACAAUAAUCUUAUCUGAAUGCUUUGUAUUUUCUAUAUCGAUAUCUUCUUUGAUACUAUCGAUUGGCAAAUUACAGAAUACUCAUGUCUCUAUUACUUAAAUAUUUUAAUUUGUCUCUCUGUUCAAAGAGACAUGUCACUUAUCCUCA